GGUGUUAGUGUCGUUUAUACAGCAGUCUCAGCUUCCUUCACCUCUCUGCCGCAAGCACCCACCGACCAGAAAUGGCUUCCACCGGAAAAAAGACGAAGAAGACCCAUGAGAACAUCAACAGCAGAUUAGCAUUGGUGAUGAAGAGUGGAAAAUACUCUCUUGGUUACAAGACUGUGUUGAAGACUCUUAGGAACUCCAAGGGGAAACUGAUUUUGAUAUCCAACAACUGCCCGCCGUUAAGGAAGUCCGAGAUUGAGUACUACGCCAUGCUUGCCAAGGUCGGAGUUCACCACUAUAACGGAAACAAUGUUGAUCUGGGAACUGCCUGUGGAAAAUAUUUCAGAGUAUCGUGCCUCAGUAUCAUUGAUCCUGGUGACUCGGAUAUCAUCAAGUCCCUUCCAUCAGAUCAGUGAGACUGCAUUACAGGACAUCAGAAAUUGAAACUUUUGAUCUUUAAAUCUCUGUUAAUCUUUGGCUGUUUGUUGGGGGUAUUUUGUUAUGUCAGUGACCUUAUUAGUAUCAAUAGACUUGUGUAAUGUAGCAGGUUGUUCCUGAUCUACAAGAUUCUAUUGAAUUUUUCAGUGGAUUUCUUAGAAAUGUCUGAAAAAAGAUCCAAGUUUCCGUCUGUAUCUCAUGUUUACCUUGAAAUCCACAGGCAUGUGCUAUUCACCGAAAAGGUUGAUAAUGAAAUGGAAUAUUAUGUGCCUUCUGAAUCAAAUAAUCACUAACAAGAAGGAUUAUUCGAAGUUGUUAUGUGUUUAAAGCU